GGUCGGAUCUGAACCUGCGUCCUGAGCAGCAGGGCUGCCCGGGCGCCGACGCAGCAGCGGCCCCUAGCGGCCUCAGAGGGGGCCUGGCGCAUGCUCAAUAGCUUCAAUGGGCGGGGCUGGGUCACCAGCGGUUGGCGCGGCAGUAGCGCCGGCGGCUUCUUCCCGCUCCGCGUGCGCAGGUGCGCUGGACUAAGGAGGGGAGCGGGGGAGGGAGGAGAAGAAGGCGGGGGCGGAGGCUGGACCAGCGGCGCGCCUGCGCAUUGCGCCUAGUCCAGACUGUCACUGGGGUCCUGAAGUCGAGCAGCUGCAGAGUCCGUGUAAGAGACGGAGCGCGAGCUCGAGCAGAAGCGCGGGCGGGAGCGCGGGCGCGAGCGCGGACGCGUGCUGCGGUGGUGGCGGCGGAACCAGGGAGGCGCGCGCCGAGGGGGACUGAAGCGGCUGCCUCUGCUGCUACUGCUGCAGAUAGCUAGCUGAGCCUGGGACCGACGGACAGGCGGCGGGACCCGUGCACGGACAGACGGGCGGGCGGACGCACGCAGCAUCUCCGAAUUCCAGGGACUGCUUGGAAGCCCUCGAGCCCCGAGCUGCCGAGGGCUCUUGUUGGCAUCGAGUGCCCGUCCGUGCGUGCCCAGCGCUCCGACCAGCACCAUGGGCAAGCAGAACAGUAAGCUGGCCCCGGAGGUGAUGGAGGACCUGGUGAAGAGCACCGAGUUCAACGAGCACGAGCUCAAGCAGUGGUACAAGGGCUUCCUCAAGGACUGCCCCAGCGGCCGCCUCAACCUCGAGGAGUUCCAGCAGCUCUACGUCAAGUUCUUCCCCUACGGAGACGCCUCCAAGUUUGCCCAGCACGCCUUCCGGACCUUCGACAAGAACGGCGACGGCACCAUCGACUUCCGAGAGUUCAUCUGCGCCCUGUCCAUCACCUCCAGGGGCAGCUUCGAGCAGAAGCUCAACUGGGCCUUCAACAUGUACGACCUGGAUGGGGACGGCAAGAUCACCAGGGUGGAGAUGCUGGAGAUCAUCGAGGCGAUCUACAAGAUGGUGGGCACCGUCAUCAUGAUGAAGAUGAACGAGGACGGGCUGACGCCGGAGCAGCGAGUGGACAAGAUCUUCAGCAAGAUGGACAAGAACAAAGACGACCAGAUCACGCUGGACGAGUUCAAAGAGGCGGCCAAGAGCGACCCUUCCAUCGUGUUGCUGCUGCAGUGUGACAUUCAGAAGUGAGCCCGGCCCGGCCCGGCCCACCAGGACUUGCCCACGUCCCGUUCAGUCUGCAGCUGCACACUCGCCCACACCCACACUCACACUCACACACACCACAUUGCUUGGACUACCCGUGUCAAUGGAUUUGCUUUCUGUGUUCGAAACACUCGUGUGCAUGAGAAUUUCAUUUGCUCAAGAUUUUAAGUCUCUCUAUUAUAAAAAGAAAAAAAGAGGAGCCGAACCCGCACCAACGUGCUGUGUACACUGUCCUUCCGUGGCGGCCCCCCGUGUCCCGUUGGAUCCAAGCCGCGUCGCCGUCCCGUCCCCGCCGCCCGGCGCCAUCUCCGUGAAUGUUGAUGUUCCUCAUUGCAUGCGCGCUCCCAGCCAGGGCCGCCCUCCCUCCAUCCGGCCCGUUGCAUCUCUGCCGUGGGAAGACCUGUGUCCGAGGAAUGCCGUCCCCCGUGGAAAUCCCCCCAGCCGUCCCCCGUCCGUGUCUAGCCACCCCGCAGACCCCAGCUCUUUCCUGGAAGUCCAGCGAGCGGCCGGUGGAAGCGCAUGGAGGUCCGCUCGGACUUUCAGGAGCUUCCCGAGAGCUUGCAAUCGAUGUGUGUCCCAAAUAAAUUUCUAAUAUUUGA